ACCCCAAAAAAUAAAUCUCUCCCCCACUUAAGCCUUCUCUCUCUCUCUCUCUCAACAAAGCCAUGGCAGUCUUUAACACAAUCAAAACAGUUCUCUUUUCAACACUCUGUCUCACACUCUAUCUCUCUUUACAACUCUGUUUCGCUUCUUCUUCUUCAAUCCAUGACCUCCUUCGCUCAAAAGGGUUACCAGCUGGUCUUCUACCCAAAGAAAUCAAGUCAUACAAUCUCAACCAAGAAGGUCUCCUUGAAGUGUUCCUUGAAGGACCCUGUUUGACCAAGUAUGAAAACAGAGUCUUCUUUGAUAGUGUUGUUAGAGCCAAUUUAAGCUAUGGGAGCUUGAUUGGUGUUGUGGGUUUGUCCCAAGAAGAACUCUUUUUGUGGUUACCAGUGAAGGGAAUCAUUGUUGAUGAUCCAAGAUCAGGUCUUAUUUUGUUUGACAUUGGAGUGGCUCACAAACAGCUCUCUCUCUCACUCUUUGAAGAUCCACCAGAUUGUAAACCAACAGGUGUGUUGAGGAAUGAUGUGAAGAAGGAGAAGGGAUUUGAUGUCUUGAAAUAGAAGAGAGAGAGAUCCCAAUGUAGCUGUUUCAAGUAAAUUUGUGUGUUUUGUCUAUGUUAUGUAUGAUCAUCCAAGUUUUUGUUUUUGUGUUUUUUUUUUCUUUCUAAUUAUAGUUCUAUAUGUGGAGUUAGAUUUUAGGGAUUCUUAGGAGUUGUAAAGGUUGUUAAAUUCCAAGAAUCUAAUGUCCUAAUCAAGUUA